AUGUCUCAGAUCAAUGGAUCUCUUCAGAUGGAGUAUGCACUGCUGUUCACCUUCCUGGAGGCAUCCUCAGACUGUCAGUUCAGAGACCAGCUGCAUUCCCUGCAAAGCCAGCAGAUUAUGUUGUGCCGAGGAAACGAUGACGAUGAGCUUCAGACCGAUGGCAAUCGGAGCGGCCACUUUCAGAAUGGUGAGCUAGGGUUGGCUCCAACAAAUGAAGAUGUUAUCCGGAUCAUUGCUGCUCAGCUCGCUGAGAUCGGAGACCAGCUGGAUAAAGACAUCCAGGGAAGAGUUGUAAAUGACCUAGUGCAGCACUUUCUGAAUGAGAAUCUGUCGAGAGAGGAGAUAACCCUGCACAUGUCCAGGGCAGUGAGAGAGCUGACACGCUCCAUCCCCUCAGACAUGGAACAGGAGAAGGCCAUGUUGGUGCUAGCAAUGCUCUUGACCAAGAAAAUUGUGAAUACAGUGCCUUCCCUUCUACACCAUGUCUUUAACACCACUCUGAACUACAUGAACCAGCAGUUCCACAACUACAUUGUUGAAAUGCUGGGUGAGUGAGCUCUCCAGCCCUGUGUGCAGCCUGUGCAUUCCUGAAGAUUUUCCUGGAUGGAUGAAGAUCACUUGAUUUACUCUUAACUUCUGAGAUACAGCUGUGAAAGGGGUGGCAGAUUGUAGAUAGGCUUUUGUAGACUAGCACAGCAGUAAUAGUAGCGUGAGCUGCCUGCCAGCUCUCCCAGUACCUGUAGGGAGUAGUGCUUGCCUCUCUCCUUUUACAUUAUUUUUUAUUUUAGCAGCUGCAGCUUUUGUGCAGAGCCCCAGUGGGCACAGGGCCUGCCCUCUCAUUGUUUUUUCUAAGCAGCUGUAGCAUUUUACUUUAGUUCUUCACUUCCCAGCCCUGCUCCUGCAGCUGAGCCAUGCUGCUGUUCCCAGGAAGGCCUCGGGCUAUGGAUUGGUGGUUCAUCAGCAGAAUCAUCUGCGGGGGUGGGUGGGAAUCAGGUCUGUCUUGAUGAGAAGCUGGCAGCAAGACUGAACAGAACCCUGAGUGAUAGAGGAGGGUGUGGCCAGACAAGGCUGACACAAGGAUGCUUCAGUAUCCAUCACCAUACACCUGUGUUUGCUUGAAGAAUAAAACUGACUGGAAAACUGUAAAGAAAAGGGCAGGGCAGGCACAGGACAAGUCUUGGGAAUGCAGCCUGGAUAUGAAUUAGAAAAAGUAGCAUAUCUUGUAGUCACAUCUCAGGUCGAACAAACUCAGACUCAGGUUGUUUGAUGAAUAAUCACACAAGGUGGCAAAUGUGUCACCUGUGAUCCAGCUGCCUCAGGACUUUUCCAAGUAUAUAAAUAUUUUGUGAGGUUUUUUAACUUAAAUAAAAAAUUCAUUUCUGAUGGCUGCUACAGCUCUGCAGGCUUUGUUUCUACCUGAAAUUUUUUUCUGCAAGUACUCACGGAAUUCUUCUAAUUCACUUAUGAUGCAGCUGGCAGCAGUAGAGACACUCGAGUCCUGUCCUUGGGCCUUGCAUAAGCAAGUUACCGUGUAGGUAAAACCACCUUUUCUUCUGGUGCCUGCACUAAAACAGGGGGAGAGGGGAAGCACAGAAGUAAGUCUACACAUUGUUUUUGAAAACUGUACCAUUUAUUAAAGUGCAACCUGGGGGCAUGGUCUUACAGCAGUGUCCCAUUAGCAGAGGGAAAAAAUGUACAUACCCCUUCACUUGAACUGAAUAUUGAACAAUGAAGCUGGAAAGAACUUUCUUGUCAAGGUGGAAACACUUUUAUUAACCAAAUGGCACAAGAAGCUUCAGACAAGUUUUCCCCAAGAGGGCUGCACUUGCAUAUUGGAAGGAACAGUAUGAUGAGUUCCUGGGAUAAUGGGUGACCUGAGACCAGUCAGAGUCUCUUCCCCCAGGCAGACCUCUUGAGAACAGAAUCCAAAAUCCCUGCAAGUCUGUCACUAUUUGCUUACACCCAGCAGAAGAGAUCCCUAACCUGCAGCUUCAGAGUCAGUCCCAUUAGACUUUGCUACUUAACAAAUCAAGUGGCAUUCUUUUGGUCUGGGUGGGUUUUUAGGUUUACACUUGAAUAAAAACUUAUCCUGCGAGUUAAAACUGAGGAUGAAGCCCCUAAAGGUAAUAGCAGUAAGAUGCAUCCUCUGCAAUUUGUUGUGUCCACAUCAACAGUGUCCCUUGCCUGCCCUGCAGAUACUGCAGGGAGAUCAAAAGCAGCUUCCACUGGAAGCCAACAGGAGCUCCCCCACUUCUACAGCAUGACCAUAGACCUCGAGCUUGGAGGAAGCAAGUCAGCCUACCCAAGAGACUGAGAGAAGGGCAGCUCUAAGUAGAAAAAAAUGAUAAAGUUAUUUAACUUAAGGAGGUGGAGCUGAGUGAUGUGUUGUGGUUCCCCUGGACUUUACUGACCCUUCUGAGCUGCUGUGUUUCCCCAGCCAAGUCCUGGUCAGGUACCUUCACUUUAUCAGACACAAACUGAGUUCUGUUGCCUUGACCUGGCCCUGCAGUCCCUGCUCCCUGUGGGCCUGACAGCUUGCUCUACCCCAGUCAGGUAGUGCUGGCUGAAAUUCUUUAAAUACCUCCCCCCCAUUUUUUUUGUUACAGCAAUACAGAGCUUGCACCUUUAAGCACAGGUACAUACAUGAAGUCAAAGUAAUACUGUUCUUGCAACCUUCCUCGUGCUGAAAUUAGGCAGUCCAAGCCCAAUUCAAGUCAUGCACAGCUUCUGCCCUCACUAGGUAGAGUAUUGUGCCUCACCCCUCCAUGUUUAACAGAGUCACCUAGGUUUGGAAAAGACUUUUACGAUUAUCAAGUCCAAUCUAUGACCAAACACCACCUUGGCAACCACACCAUGGCCCUCAGUGCCACAUCCAGCCUUUCCAAUCCCCUGCAGGGCUGGUGACACCACCAGCUCCCUGGGCAGCCCAUUCCA